AUGGGGCAGCAGUUCAGCUGGGAGGAGAACGGCGCGGUCGGCGCGGUGGACGCGGCGGAGCUGCAAGAGUGGUACAAGAAGUUCCUGGAUGAGUGCCCCAGCGGCACGCUCUUCAUGCACGAGUUUAAGCGCUUCUUCAAGGUCCCGGACAACGAGGAGGCCACCCAGUUCGUAGAGGGCAUGUUCCGAGCCUUCGACACGAAUGGGGACAACACCAUCGACUUCCUGGAGUACGUGGCAGCCCUGAACCUUGUGCUGAGGGGCACCCUGGAGCACAAGCUCAAGUGGACCUUCAAGAUCUACGACAAGGACCGCAAUGGCUGCAUCGACCGCCAGGAGCUGCUGGACAUCGUGCAGUCCAUCUACAAGCUGAAGAAAGCCUGCAGUGUGGAGAUGGAGGCCGAGCAGCAAGGCAAGCUGCUCACACCCGAGGAGGUCGUGGACAGGAUCUUCCUCCUGGUGGAUGAAAAUGGAGAUGGCCAGCUGUCUCUGAAUGAGUUCGUUGAAGGUGCCCGUCGUGACAAGUGGGUGAUGAAGAUGCUGCAGAUGGAUCUGAACCCCAGCAGCUGGAUCUCUCAGCAGAGGCGGAAAAGUGCCAUGUUCUGA